GAAUAUGCUCAGCRGCGUAGGGCAAGCUUUUCCUUCCAACCUCCCUUUUUAUGCCUGCCAAUUCCUCCUCGCUCCCCAAACGAAAACCCAGGCUGCCUGCAUAUGUGUAAUCAAAGGUUAAAAAGCACCCCGGCUGACACCACGCAUGUGUUAAUCUGUGCUGCAGCAGAGUGCAUCAUUUCCACUUUGACCUCAGAGUUAAUCUGCAUUCAGGCAGAGGCUCCAUUGCUUUAUUCUUUCUUUUCUUUUUCCUSUCGUUUACUCCUUCUCCCGGUGCAUCGGAUUCUGUUGCAUGCGUGAGUGAUCCUGUAAACCUGUGCAUGUGUGUGCRUUGCUCCUUCCCUUCGCCGCUUUUAUUCCGUGAGCGUGUGGAUGUGUCUUUUUUUUUUUUUUUUUUUCCCUCCCCGUUAUAUUAUUCCUCUCCAUCUGGAUGCUGCUGCCUGCUGCCUGAGCUGACAUUUUUUGAUUAUAUCUGCAAAGGGCUUGUGCGGAUCUAAUUUCUGCCCCCCCUGCAUAUUAAUUCCCGCAGCUGGGCGCAAUGUAUCAUCCCACUGACGGGACCUGCUAGGGAGGGGGGGAGAACCACUACCAAAAAAAAAAAAAAAUUAAGAAGGGGACGGAUCCAUCUGCAACCAAGAGGAAAGGGGAAAAAAAAAGAGGGGGGGAGAAAAACAGAGAUGAUUCCUCUAAAUCCAACAAGCCUGGGGAGCCCUGCACUCUUGAAUCCUGCAUUUUCUCUCAAAAUGAUGGUGCGGGCGCUUGUGCUGCUCUCCCUCAUCCAGCGCUCCACUCAAAAGGGAGAUGAUGAUUAUGAAGAUUAUACCUCAAAUAAGACCUGGGUUUUGACUCCCAAAGUCCACGAGAGUGAUGUCACUCUUAUUUUAAAUGGCUUGCUGGAAGGAUAUGACAACAAGCUGAGACCUGACAUAGGAGUUAAACCUACAGUGAUUCACACUGACAUGUAUGUAAAUAGCAUUGGGCCGGUGAAUGCUAUCAAUAUGGAAUAUACAAUUGAUAUAUUUUUCGCCCAAACGUGGUAUGACAGACGUCUGAAGUUCAACAGCACUAUAAAAGUGCUCAGAUUAAACAGCAACAUGGUUGGGAAGAUCUGGAUACCAGACACAUUCUUCCGAAAUUCCAAGAAAGCUGAUGCCCAUUGGAUAACAACUCCUAAUAGGAUGCUCCGGAUCUGGAAUGACGGCAGAGUGUUGUACACGCUAAGGCUGACAAUCGAUGCUGAAUGUCAGCUGCAGCUACAUAACUUCCCCAUGGACGCUCAUUCCUGCCCACUGGAAUUUUCAAGCUAUGGUUACCCAAGAGAAGAGAUCAUUUACCAAUGGAAGCGCAGCUCGGUGGAGGUGGGAGACACCAGGUCCUGGAGGCUUUACCAGUUUUCCUUUACGGGAUUAAGAAAUACAACUGAGGUGGUGAAGACUACUUCAGGCGAUUACGUAGUCAUGUCUGUCUUCUUUAACCUGAGCAGGAGGAUGGGUUAUUUCACCAUUCAGACUUACAUUCCCUGCACACUUAUCGUUGUGCUGUCCUGGGUCUCUUUCUGGAUUAACAAGGAUGCCGUUCCAGCUAGAACAUCACUGGGUAUCACAACUGUCCUGACAAUGACCACCCUAAGUACAAUUGCUCGUAAAUCUCUCCCAAAGGUCUCCUAUGUGACAGCAAUGGAUCUUUUCGUGUCAGUUUGCUUUAUUUUUGUCUUCUCUGCACUGGUGGAGUAUGGAACUUUGCACUAUUUUGUCAGUAAUAGAAAGCCAAGCAAGGAUAAAGACAAAAAGAAGAAAAAUCCACUUCUUCGGAUGUUUUCCUUCAAGGCCCCCACAAUUGACAUCCGGCCUCGAUCAGCUACUAUUCAAAUGAACAAUGCUACACACCUCCAAGAAAGGGAUGAAGAAUACGGGUACGAGUGUCUCGAUGGCAAGGACUGUGCCAGUUUUUUCUGCUGCUUUGAGGAUUGCAGAACAGGCGCCUGGAGGCACGGCAGAAUACACAUCCGCAUCGCCAAAAUGGACUCUUACGCCCGCAUCUUCUUCCCAACUGCCUUCUGCUUGUUCAACCUGGUGUAUUGGGUAUCAUAUCUUUACCUUUAAAAGCAGAAUGAAAUCAGUGAUACGAGCCUUACUCACUGAAUUUCUUAGAGAGAUGGUUUCCUAAGUCCACUUGAAGUAUUUAUGAUGCGCUUUAUAGUGGUCUGAAUUCUUUAGUGCCAUAACCCAGUAAAUAUCAGUCACAUCAUUUGUCCAAAAAUUGCCAUGAGGUUAUUUGUGAAUUAAAUGUCCAUUCAACAUGUUGAAACAAUUUGAAAUAAAGGUCAUCGAAACAGGUUAUAUACAGCUAUACCUGUUGGAACAGAGACGAGCAGGGCAGACAGGGCAAGGGGAGCACRGUGACACGACCUAGAAGGUGGUACUGCCGUUGCAAACAAGAGCGACCAAGACUAGCAUUCCCAGGUCAAGUACUGUACAGUUUGCUAACAUUGGCUAUAAUUAUGCUAUAGCUUUAUUCUCUGUGGGCUUUUCUUUUUGGAAGAGUCAUCUCUCACUUGGAAUAGGUAUUAAGCUAGGAAAAUAACUUCUACUCCCACCCAGAUAAAAAUAGACCUCUCCCUUUGCCAUCCCUUUAAGAGCACAUGUACAAUGCUGUAAAUAUUUCAGUACCUUAGAGUACAUAAAGUCUAGUGCAUGCAUCUUUUGGGGGCCAAAAUAAAUGAAGCAAAGGUACCAUAAAGUAUUGUCUUUUAUUUUGUGUCUCUGGAUGUGCUAUUGUAACCGAAAUGUGGAUAAAAAUCAUAUUUUUUUCCCUUGAAAAAAUAUCCCCUUCCCUCAUGCAUGAAAGAUCUAAACAGACAGCACUUUCAUGUAAGACAUUAGAGAAGCCUUAAGGAUUCAAAUAAAUAACAUGUAGACAACCCUGUAUGGCCAAUAUAAUAGUUUAUAAAGUAUACUAUAUGUGUCCACUGCUGUUGUAGCCUUCAUUUUCCAUUGAUAAUGUUGCUAUAUUUCAGAUGAAUUUCCAAUAAUUAUGCAUUGCAAGGUCAGCAACAAAAAUUAAUCCAUGUGCUUCUCCUGUUCUUUUCCCAUGAGCUUUGCUAUUUUUCCUCACAGUUCCUUCUGGACAUUACUUUUAUAUACAAACUUGAAGUUCAUUUUGAAGCACUAAACUUUUAUCACGUGUACAUGUACAAUUCAGUGCCCGUUCAUUUCCCUGAUCAGCAAUAGUUGUUUGUUGUCAGUGCUGCUUUUCACUCUGUGAGUACCUUUACUAAAACCAACCUUUAUCAUGGCUAGCACACAGUUUAUAUAUAACCUUGAAAACUAAAGGGAACAGAAGGCAUCUUGGCUACUAAACCAUAUGUAUGCAGUUUUUGUGUAUUUAAAACCUACAGCCCAUCUGGGUGAAUCUUGAAAUCCACUUAUCCACUGGUUUUAAGAACCUGUACAAUGCUCAAUUAUGCAACCUUAAGCACAUGUAAAUAUUACUGACUUUUUUAUUUUCA